CCUCCCUCCUCCUGUCCGGGCUCUCCCUGUCACCCCUCCGGAUCACUCUGCUCCGUAUUGGGGUGACAGUGGAAGAUCGGGGGAUCUCGGUGCUGGAUCGGGGGGGUGGGAGCUCCGUGAUCGGCCGAUCAGUAUGCAGUGUAUCCGCAGACAGCCGUCCCUGAGCAAGUCCCAGGAGCAGAUCCUGCAGGAGAACAGCCGCAGAGUCAGCCACAUCAACAGCAGCCGGCUGGGUUUACAAGAUGAUGAGGAUCUGAAGUAUCUUUUGAAGGGAAGUCCACUGUCCAAAGUCAAGUCUGCAUCAUGGAAAAGGUCAAGGUAUUACAAGCUGCAAGAGGACUGCAAGACUGUCUGGCAUGAUUCGAAAAAGAUCUUGAGGUCACCUGACUCCCAAACUUUCAGUGUUGAUGACAUUGAGGACGUGCGGCCUGGCCAUGAGACAGAAGGGAUGAAACGUUAUGCUAAUGACGUGCCGAGAGACCUCUGCUUCUCUAUCAUCUUCAAGGGACAUCGCAAAAACCUUGAUCUGAUAGCCAGCUCUAAUGAAGAAGCUGCUCACUGGACGGGAGGCUUAAAUAAAGUAAUAAACAAAUCACAAUCUAUGAGCCAAAAACAGAAGUUACAACAUUGGAUUCACACUUGUCUACGGAAAGCGGACAAAAAUAAAGACAACAAGAUGAGCCUUAAGGAGCUAAAGCACUUCUUGCAGGAAGUAAAUGUUGAGACCGAUGAUAACUAUGCAAAACAAAUAUUCCAGCAAUGUGAUAAAUCACAGACUGGAGCUCUGGAGGAUGACGAAAUUGAGGAAUUUUAUAAAAUCCUGACAAUGCGAGACGAAAUAGAUGUAAUAUUUGACACCUACAAGAGCAACGAGCGUCUUCUGUCUGCUGAAAAACUGCAGAAAUUCCUGGCGGUGGAGCAGAGGGAAACCGUGACCUUGGAGCAGGCAGCCUCCCUGAUAGACAAGUAUGAGCCAAGUGAGGAAGCUAAGAAGCAACAGUGCCUGACAAAAGAUGGCUUCCUUAUGUACCUGCUGUCUGAUGAUGGGAAUGUAUUUAACCCAGCACAUCGUAAAGUUUACCAGGACAUGAACCAACCACUGUCUCAUUACUUCAUCUCCUCUUCGCACAACACUUACUUGAUGGAGGACCAGCUAAAAGGACCAAGUAGUACUGAGGCCUACAUAAGGGCUCUUACAAAAGGAUGUCGGUGUGUGGAGCUAGAUUGCUGGGAUGGGCCCAACGCGGAGCCCGUAAUUUAUCAUGGCUACACCCUAACGUCAAAGAUCCUCUUCAAAGAUGUCAUAACUGCCAUAAAGAACUAUGCAUUCAAGACCUCUCCCUACCCAGUAAUCAUCUCUCUGGAGAAUCACUGCAGUCUGGAUCAGCAGAAGACAAUGGUCAAGCACAUGAAAGAUAUACUGGGGGACAAGCUGCUGCUGAUGCCUGUUGAAGGAAGAGUAAAGGAGUUCCCAUCCCCGGAGCAACUAAAGGGGAAAAUAUUGGUGAAGGGUAAGAAGCUGAACAAGCUAGAAGACAGCCUGAAGAAUGGUGUCAGCAAUGGCACCACAGAGGCGGAUGAUGUGUCUGAUGAGGAUGAAGCUGCAGAAAUGGAGGAUGAGGCAGUCAAGUCCAAAGUGAAUGCCAAGAAAAGCACACAACUAAAGGGAAAAAAACUGGUGAAGGGUAAGAAGCUGAACAAGCUAGAAGACAGCCUGAAGAAUGGUGUCAGCAAUGGCACCAUAGAGGCGGAUGAAGUGUCUGAUGAGGAUGAAGCUGCAGAAAUGGAGGAUGAGGCAGUCAAGUCCAAAGUGAAUGCCAAGAAAAGCACAGCUACAAAGCUAAAGCUUGCCAAAGAGCUGUCUGACACCGUAAUCUACUGCAAGAGUGUGCAUUUCCGUGGCUUUGAAUAUGCAGCAGAGCACCAGGCCUUCUAUGAGAUGUCCUCCCUCACUGAGAGCAAGUCUCUGAAGCUGACCAAUGAGUCAGCAAACAGUUAUAUUCGGCAUAAUACUCGACAGCUUACCAGGAUAUACCCUGAUGGCAUGAGAACAGACUCCUCCAAUUACUCCCCUGUAAAUAUGUGGAAUGUGGGCUGCCAGAUAGUGGCUUUGAAUUUCCAAACCCCAUGUGCAGAGAUGGAUGUGUACCAGGGCAAAUUCCGCGAUAACGCGUUUUGUGGCUAUGUGCUGAAACCCUCAUUCCUGCGAUACAAUCAGUCUAAAUUCAAUCCAAAGUCUAUUCAGGAUGGAGAGUGGUGGACCCCUAAAAAACUUCAUAUCAUGGUGAUUUCAGGACAACAACUACCAAAGCUGAACAAGAAGAAAUCGUCCAUAGUGGACCCCUUUGUUUCCGUCGAAAUAAAUGGUGUUGCUCGGGACAAUGACAAGAAACAAACCAAAGUCAUAGAUAACAAUGGAUUUAACCCAAUGUGGAAUGAGCACUUUGAAUUUGAAAUUGACGUGCCCGCCCUCGCUGUGGUGCGAUUUCUGGUGGAGGAUUAUGACGUUUCUUCGAGAAAUGACUUUGUGGGGCAAUACACUGUUCCACUCACCAGCUUACAACUAGGCUAUCGUCACAUCCAUCUACUAAAUCGGGAUGGAGAUGCUCUUCCCUCCGCUACAUUGUUUGCGCACAUCAUGCUCCAAGAAAGCAAACCCUGAUUUACAACUAUGUUUACAUUAUUUUAUUUUUAACUGACAUAUUUUUUAGGUCAGAUGUUUUAAAUCGCUAGACAAGGUUGUUCAGUUAUGUUUUAGCCUAUUUUUAUAACAGUUUUAAUGUAUUAUAAUUUUAAACGUUUUAAUGAAGUUUUAGAAAAGUUAGGUUGACUUCCAUGUUUAGUGAAUUGGGAAAAAAAAAGUAUAUUGACUCGAAAGGGAAUGUUGUGCCAAAAUAGCACUUUGAGACUUUGCAGGGUCAAAGGUGGAGAAAUCUGUAGUCUGGGCCCUGUAUGUCACCCCAGAAAUAGAUUUUUCAGUGGGCCCCAGAAUAUGAUCUAUGCAAUAUAUUCUACUGAAUACUGUGUUUAAGGUGCCAGAAACAUGUCCAGAGUAAAUUUUAUGUAGGUAUCCAAAACAUGAACUGUCUGGAUUGACCAUAGAAAUAGGGAUAUGACAGUUGAAGAUCAGAAGGGACAAUCUGAGCAACUAUAGGACAAUCGGACAGUUCUUCUUUUGGGCAUUGUAAUAAGUUGAUAUAUCUGAGCAUGUUCUGGUUGUUUUAAUUUUAUUGAACUGUUCCUGCCUCACUGUAUACUCAUGCAAUAUGGCAUAUGUGACAAUCUGCAUCAGUCUAUGCCCUUUCUAUUUACUCAGGUAAUGAAAUCUGGAACUGAUUACCCAGAAGCCUUAGCUUGGUAGCCUGUGCUGCAUGUGCCUUAAAAGAUAAAAUAGGAUAAGAAAGCAUGUAAAUAAAUCCUUAACUCGGUUAAUACACAGUCUAGUCCUAUUACUACCCAAUGCCUAGAAACUGGAGAAUAAUACUGACAGAGAAUAGUAUUGUAUACAAACUAUAAACAUGGCUUUCAAAUAAUACUGUACCCCAUAUGCUGCAAAGUAAGCUGUCACUAUAACAUCGUCAAGCUUAUUUUUUUAACAGGGCUAAUCCUACAAAGAUUAGUUGUAGGUUGUUCGCAAGAGAGAGCAUUCAUAUAUACAUUGUUAUUUUGCACAUGUAGGUUUAAUGGGUUAUCUGCGGUUGAUAGCCCAUUGGUUGCCUUUUGUAGAAUUAGGAGGCAUGGGACUCUCCUCAUAAGGUCUAUGUAACUAAUACUGUCACUCACCGCAUCUAAUGCUGACAGCCUGUGUGUCAUCCAUUGUCCAAUACACUACAAAGCUAGAGAGACAUCACCAGCACACCAAGAUCUCCAAAAUGGGUCCAAAGCUUUAUUCAGCGACUACAGCAAAUCGCAACAUUUCUGAGCCAUGCGCGACCCCUUCAUCAGGCACUUUUGAUGAAGUCGCAUGCCUGACGAAGAGGUCCUGCAUGGCUCCGAAACGUUGCGAUUUGCUGUAAUGAUGUGAUCGCUGAAUAUAGCUUUGGACCCAUUCUCGAAGAUCUUGGUGUGCUGGUGACAUCUCUCUAUCUCACUAUUUAUGGUUCCAGCUGGUGGUCGCUUCAGCACCCAUUUACAUACACAGCCAUCUUUACAGGAACGUGUGUGUUGGGAAUAGUGCGUUGCAAUACACUACACAGACACUGUGAUUUUAUAUUUAACCAGCUAUGUACAUUAGAAAUGUCAAGGUGUCAAUUUGUGCUUAAUUAACCAUCUGUCAGUUUGUUCUCAUUCAUUGAAAUGUAUGUUCUAUUGCAUUAAAUGUGUCCCUUUAUCGCCCCAGAUUACCUUUCAUAUAAUAUUGUUUAGUAUUCUAAUGCAAAUACUGUUUUUGGUUCCUUUUAAAAAUUACCAACCAAAUCGGCUUUCCUAGUUUAAUAGUAGUUAAAGUAGAAGUUGACCUUUAAAAAUAAAAAUGAGGUUAGAAUGUUUGAGGUUUUUGUAGAUUUGUCACUUCCUUUUAUAAAGAUUUCCCCUUACCUCCUGACCAUGGUGACACUGAGACAAGAAGUGUGGUGACAUUUUUAUAACGGGGCAGAGAGAAAUAGACACAACGUUUUGGGCAAAAAACUGUCAGGUUUGUAUAGCUUUACCCCCACAAGGGGGAUUGUCCCUCAUUUUGUGUCACUGGGUCAGGAAGUGAGAGGAAAUAUUAUAAAGAUUCUAAUGUUUUUCCAACGUUUCAUCUGACACUCUACAAAUAUCUGUUUUGAUUGGUUGCCAUGAAAUGCUCAGCAUUUCAUCUUGCCUUUCUCUAAGUCAAACAAACAGGGGACUUUGCGUCAUGUUGUAUGUCCUCUUGUUUUAUAGCCCACCGAUGGUGCAGUCUUAAGUUAAUUGUAAUAUUAUUUCCUGUUGUAUGUACAACUGCUGUAACUAUUUAAAGAGCCUGCAUCAUUUUAUUGCUUUCUGAAUUAUCACCUGUAUCCUUUAAACUGUUUACUUUAAUCUAUUCUAAAAAUAGUACCUUUUGGAUACAUGGGAUACAUAUUUUGCAAAUAAAAGUUUUCAGGCUUG